CCGGUAUAGUUUAGAUUAAUUUUAUUAUAAAAGCUUUGUUUUCCGCGGGUGAAGAAUGUCACUUAAAGACUAGACAAAUCUCUCUCACUCUCUCUCUCGUUUUUGGGUGCUUUUGAUUUUGAAAGCUUUAAUAAUCAUCCACAGCCUCCUGCAUUUACAGGUUCUAACAGCUCAAUUUUUUUUUUUUUGCGGUUUAUUUCAUUUUUCCAUCCCAAUUUUCACUUCUAUUGGAUGUAAAACGUGAAAACCUCAUUUUGGAAGCUUCACCGAUAAUGUCUAAUUUAGGGUUUUGAGAAAAUUGCUAUAUUUUGGUCACGAUUGGUUUUGGGUUGAGUUAUUGGACAAUGUUAGACGAUUGAAAGACGCUACUUUUGUGCCAUUUAUCAGUUAUGCUGUGGAUUUGAUUUGUAAAUAGUGAAUGGGUAAUGUUGAAGUACCCAAAUGGCUAGAAGAGUUGCCUUUGGCUCCGGAGUUUCGCCCUACCGACACCGAAUUCGCUGACCCGAUUGCUUAUAUAUCGAAAAUUGAGAAGGAAGCUGGUGCUUUUGGUAUUUGCAAGAUUAUUCCGCCAUUGCCGAAACCAUCCAAGAAAUAUGUAUUCAACAACUUGAAUAAGUCGCUCUUGAAGAGCCCUGAAUUGGGUUCUCAUGGAAAUUCGGUGAACAAUCGUUCUUCGUCGAAAAUAGCUUCAUUGGAUGGUAGUAAUGAGGAGGAGGUUCGGGCUGUGUUUACCACUAGGCAGCAAGAAUUGGGUCAAAAUGUGAAAAAAGGAAAGGGGGCAGUUCAAAAUUCAUCCUCGGGUGUUCAUAAGCAAGUGUGGCAAAGUGGGGAGAUCUAUACUUUGGAGCAGUUUGAAACUAAGUCCAGGACUUUCGCUAAGAGCCAAUUGGGUAUGAUAAAGGAGGUUUCUCCAUUGGUUAUAGAAGCAAUGUUUUGGAAAGCAGCUUCUGAGAAGCCUAUAUAUGUGGAGUAUGCAAAUGACGUACCAGGUUCUGGUUUUGGGGAACCCGAGGGUCAAUUCCGCUAUUUCCAUAGACGUAGGAGAAAGAGGAACUUUUACCGUAGAAGCAGAGAAGGGAAUAGUUGCAAGAGUAGUGAAGUGGUUACAAAUGGAAUAACUAUUUCAAAAACUGAUGAUGUAGAUGUUUCACAUAUAAAUGGUUCGGAUGUAUGCAAAACACCAACUUCCAUACCAAUAUUGCCUUUUAAUGAAACUUCGCAAUCAUCCAAGAAAAAGAGUCAAUAUUCUUCUUAUGAUAAGGAGGGCACUGCAGGUUGGAAGCUCUCAAACAGUCCUUGGAACUUGCAAGUGAUUUCGCGGUCACCUGGCUCACUUACUCGUUUCAUGCCAGAUGAUAUCCCGGGUGUUACUUCUCCUAUGGUGUACAUUGGUAUGUUAUUUAGUUGGUUUGCGUGGCAUGUUGAAGAUCAUGAGCUUCACAGCAUGAAUUAUCUUCACACUGGAUCUUCAAAGACUUGGUAUGCUGUCCCUGGGGAUUAUGCACUUGCUUUCGAGGAAGUUGUGCGUUCUGAGGCAUAUGGUGGUAAUAUUGACCGCUUAGCUGCACUUACACUACUUGGUGAGAAGACUACUCUAGUGUCCCCUGAGGUAGUUGCUGCAUCUGAUAUACCGUGUUGCAGGUUAAUACAGAAUCCUGGUGAAUUUGUCGUGACUUUUCCAAGGGCUUACCAUGUAGGAUUCAGCCAUGGUUUUAAUUGUGGGGAAGCUGCUAACUUUGGGACACCACAGUGGCUCAAAGUGGCUAAAGAAGCAGCAGUGCGUAGAGCUGCUAUGAAUUAUCUUCCCAUGCUUUCUCAUCAGCAGUUGCUGUACCUGUUGACAAUGUCAUUUAUGUCAAGAGUACCAAGAUCAUUGCUACCUGGUGUGCGGAGUUCUCGUCUGAAGGACCGCCAGAAAGAAGGAAGAGAGUUUUUAGUAAAAAAGGCAUUUAUUGAAGACAUAUUGAAUGAAAAUAAUACCUUAUCUAUUGUUCUUGAGAAAGAUUCAAGCUAUCGUGCUGUAUUAUGGAAUCCAGAUAUACUAACAUAUCCAAGCAAAGAGAUUCUUUCACCCACUGCAGGUGCCAUUGCUAGUACAAGUUCAACAGUGACAGAAAAUACUCCCCUUGAUUAUGGAAAACGUGACAAUGAGCAAAACAAUCUUCUUGAUGAGAUGAAUUUGUAUAUGGAGAAUUUGAAUGAUUUGUAUUUGGGUAGCGAUGAUUUGUCAUGUGAUCUUCAAGUUGAUUCAGGGGCAUUGGCAUGUGUAGCUUGUGGUAUCCUUGGUUUUCCAUUUAUGUCUGUGGUACAACCAUCCAAAAAGGCUUCACUAGAACUUCUCUAUGAUAAUCAUCUUCUGGUUCAAGAUUUCCCUGGAGUGUCAGGAUUUUUGAACUGUUUUUCCUCUCUGGACCUUGAUGCCACUAAUAAUGCUUCUAUUACAGAGAAUGUUUCUACGGUUUCCAAUCCUCCAUCUGCAAUGGAUCUUCCAGUACCUUCAGUAAUCAAGUUUGACCAUGCUCAGAAUGCUUGCAAUAAAUUUCUGAGACCACGUAGCUUCUGCCUGGAGCAUGCCGUUGAAAUUAUAGACAUGUUGCGGGGUAAAGGUGGAGCAGAAGUGCUUGUAAUUUGUCAUUCUGACUAUCAGAAGAUAAAGGCACAUGCUACUGCCAUUGCAGAGGAAAUUGGUAAACCAUUUAAUUAUAAAGAGGUUCCUUUAGAUAUUGCAUCGAAGGAAGAUCUGAACUUAAUAGAUAAUGCUAUUGAUGAUGAACAUGAUGAAUGUGGUAAAGACUGGACAUCAAAAUUGGGGAUCAACUUACGGCACUGUGUCAAGGUCAGAAGAAACUCUUCCUCUAAGCAAGUUCGACAUGCUCUUACAUUGGGUGGGUUGUUCUCUGAUAAAUGUUCCUCUUCAGAUUUCAUGCAUCUCAAGUGGCAUUUGAGAAGAUCGCGUUCAAAAAAGAUUUAUGUUAAACCAUGUGAUAGUGCUCAAUUGAAGAAAGUAAUGGGGGAAUCGUCUUUCACUGUUAAGAAGGAAAAAAUACUACUUCAGUAUUCAAGAAGGAAGUUUAAUAGAAAACCAGGUGGUUCAAUAGGAGCAGGUAAAUUUUGUGGAAGGCAUGCUACAGGGGGAGAAUCUGAUGAACUUGCCAGAAGAGCUUCUGAAACUGUUAAUGAUGUUGGGAAUUCCACAAGCUGUAAAUUCUCAGCUUUAGUCAGGAUUUCUGAAACACACAAUGAAAACCAGACACCUGAGGCAACUUUAGUCAGCAAAUGCACGAAAGUUAGUUGUGGAAGUGUUGAUAAUCAGAUUUUGAAGGAAAUGAAUAUGGAUAGUCAAGCUUGUCAUGUAGCAAGUUCUAAUGCUUCUGAGAUGCAAGAUCAGCUUAAUGUUCAGACCCAAGAUGUCAGCAUUACUGGAAAGCCUUAUGAGAAACAAGAGGCUUGUCCAUUUUCCCAUGAUACUAAGAAAAUAGGAGAUCUGCAUAUGGUAGGACAAUCUAACAAAACUGAUGGAGCAAAUCUUGGUUCUGAAGGGCACUGCAAUGUCAAGGUUGGUGAGGAGGGUGUUUUGAAUUCUGAUCAUCCUAACAUGACAACCUCACAUGUUAUUGAAGCCCACAUUGACAACUUGAAGAGACAUAUAAAAAAUGCCGUAGUGAAGAAUGUUUCCAUGACUGCUGAAGUUUGUGAUUCCGUUUCUGUUGAUAAAGAAGUGGCACUAGUAGUGCAUGCUACCAGAAUUAAUGAUGAGGAACCAGUGUCUUGCAACUCUACAGUUACGAAAGAUCAUAUUGUUACUUCAAAGGAAGAAUGCUUUCAAUGCUCUGGAGAGAUCUGUUCCGUAGAAGACCCCAGCAAUGGCAAAGCUCUUAAAGUUAAACCAGAAGAAGAAAUCAAAACUAGAAUAAACAAAUACCUUCCUGCCUCGGUUGAAGAAACUUCUGAAGCUCCAUGCGAGACUCAUUCUACAGAGGACUUUAAUAAUAGAUCAUGCUUAGAAAAUAAACCAGAGCAAGAAAGGGAAGCUGUUAUUAGUGAGACUAUUCCUGUCUUAAUUGAAGAAACUUUUGAAUUUUUAAGUGAUCUCUGUGCUGCAGCUAAAUUAUGCUGUGCUAUUACCUCGGGACAGGUUCCGAAGCAAAAAGUUGGGACUUCAGAUGGGGGUAGUGAGGAACUUGCCUCUAGUUCUGUGACACAAAUUGAAGUCCACCAUCAUUGUGUCUCAAUGGAGGAACAUUCUGAUGUUCCAAGGGGAAACUCGGGGGAAGAUGACUUGGGAGCGGAUGUGACUUCAGAUAAUGGAUUUCAUCAGGAAGCCUUGAUGAAAAAUGGAGAGCAAAGAUCAGUUUCUCUUGUUACACAAGCAGUUGGUCAUCUAACACCUGUUAGUGUUGGAGAAUCUGAAACUCCUAGGAGUCAUUCCAAAGAACAUCUUGUUGAUGGUUCGACUUUAGAUGAUAAAAAGAGGAAAAAGGAAACGAGUACUUUGCCAACUAUGAUUUCCUUCCAAAAAUGUUCAAGAGUCAGAAGAGAGACACAUACUACUGAAGACUUGUGCAAUGGUAGUGAAGUUUGUUCAUCGCAGGAUGAUAGAGUAUUGGACAAUGAGUCUAAUGAUAUAGACACUUGUUCAAACCCAGUAAAAGGAAGAAAAAGAAAGAAAGAGAUGGACCUACUAACAGAAAACAAGUUCAGUUGCAAUGGCUUUAUGAGGAGUCCAUGUGAAGGGUUAAGACCAAGGGCUUCGAAGGAUGCAACAAGUUGUGGAACUGAUACCCUCAGAGAAGUCGAGGGAAAGCCUGCAGCCAAGGUAAAGGAAACUUCAAAUGUUCGAGGCCCUCCCAAGGAUAAGAAAGAAAAUUCAAGGAAGCCUCACAGAUGCGACAUAGAAGGCUGCCGCAUGAGUUUUGACACCAAGGCUGAGCUAAUGUUGCACAAACGUAACCGCUGCCCACAUGAAGGGUGUGGAAAGAGGUUUAGCUCUCAUAAAUAUGCAAUGAUUCACCACCGUGUGCAUGAUGACCAGAGGCCCCUCAAGUGUCCAUGGGAAGGUUGUUCCAUGUCUUUCAAGUGGGCAUGGGCAAGGACUGAGCAUAUACGCGUGCACACCGGUGAGCGACCAUACCAGUGCAAGAUUGAGGGAUGUGGCCUCUCUUUCAGGUUUGUAUCAGAUUAUAGCCGGCAUAGACGGAAAACAGGACAUUAUGUGAACUAGCCUUUCUGGGGGUGACGGGAGGCCUAAGAGUCCCACAGCGUGUGGUCUACUUUACCAAUUCUUGUUGAUCAGAAUUAGGCUAGGGACAUUUUACUUUUAGCAGUUCCCAUUCAUUUCAAUGCACCAAUACUUGAAAGGCCCUUUUUUGGUGGGUUACCCUUGUAUGCUUUUGAUUGAGCAUUAUGAUAUUGUAUAAUCUUCUGGCAUAGCCACAACGGUUGUAUAAGUUGAGGCUUGAAAGCAAGUCUCGAGUUGUGGUUCCUUCUGAAUUCUUAGCUGGAUGUCUAGGUUUGAUCACUCGUGCAAAUGAAGAUAAUGAUAUUCCUAGUUUCUGUA